UCACAUGGUCUCAUGUGCUGGUCAAUUCCUUUUUGUUGUUCCUUUCCCUCUCUCUAGUCCUUCACUGCUCACAGAGGCCAGAGCUUCUUUCAAUACCCUACGCGAAAUUUCACAAACAAAAGGACCCAAUCUUUGAUUCAAUUAUUCUACUCUUGAAACCUAGAUCACCGUCACAUUUCUUGUUAUCUUUGAUUGGAAUUCUCCACCUUUUCCUGUUUCCCUGGUUGCUGCUUUUAGUUGUUUGUUAUUGCUUCUUGAUUAUUCCUUUGUCUCAUUCUUUCUCAAUUCUUGAUUUGUUGGCUGCUGUGUGUAUAUCCCUUGUGUUGCUGAUGAUGAGUUCUUCAUUGGUUUUAUAGUUCUGGUGACAUUUUCAUCAUUUCUUGAUUGUAUUGUUAAUCUGGGAUAUGCGUCGAUUUGAAAUCUUGAUUCUUUGGAAGUGAAUUGUGGAGAGCGGAUCGGGGAAAGAUGCGGAGGCGGGCGACCGACUACCGGCGCCCGGUUAGAAGGAGAUUAUCGCAGUGGAUCUGGGCGCUUCUUGGGAUGUUCUUGAUUGCAGGGCUAGUUUUGUUUGUGUUUCACCACCAUCACCAUGAAGAUCAGCUUCAGCUGCCCAUACAGGAGAACCAUGAAAGAGCAGAGCCAGUUAAACAUGAAGGUUUGAACUUCACUAAGGAAAUAUUAAGUGCUACCUCAUUUGCACGGCAGUUGGCUGAGCAAAUGACACUUGCAAAGGCUUAUGUCAUUCUUGCAAAGGAGCACAAUAACCAUCACCUAGCAUGGGAGCUGAGCAAUCAGAUCAGGAGUUGCCAACUGCUGCUUUCAAAAGCUGCCAUGAGAGGGGAGCCCAUAACACAACAAGAAGCAGAGCCAAUAAUCAGUAGCUUGUCGUAUCUAAUCUUCAAGGCACAAGAUGCCCAUUAUGAUGUAGCAACUACCAUAAUGACAAUGAAGUCUCAUAUUCAAGCCCUUGAAGAACGAGCAAAUGCAGCAACGGCUCAGAGCACAGUGUUUGGGCAAUUAGUGGCUGAAUCUCUUCCCAAGAACCUCCAUUGCCUAGAAGUAAAGCUUACAACUGAUUGGCUUAAGAAGCUGCCUCUUCAAGAUCUUGCAGAGGAUGAAAAAAAUUCCCCAAGAGUAAUGGAUAACAAUCUAUAUCACUUCUGCAUAUUUUCAGACAAUGUGCUGGCUACCUCUGUUGUUGUCAACUCCACGAUCUCCAAUGCGGACCAUCCAAAACAGUUAAUCUUCCACAUAGUCACAAAUGGAAUCAGCUAUGGAGCUAUGCAGGCUUGGUUCCUGAGUAAUGACUUCAAAGGGGCCACUAUAGAAGUGCAGAAUCUAGAAGAGUUCUCUUGGUUGAAUGCUUCUUAUGCUCCUGUUCUCAGACAGCGCCAUGAAGAGGGUUUCCAGGCCUAUUAUUUUUCAGGUUAUGAAGAUAUGAAGGGGGAGCCAAAAUUGCGGAAUCCUAAAUACCUGUCUAUGCUGAAUCAUCUUCGGUUUUAUAUCCCUGAGAUCUAUCCACUACUGGAAAAGGUAGUUUUUCUUGAUGAUGAUGUCGUUGUCCAAAAGGAUCUUACACCACUCUUUUUGUUGGAUUUGCAUGGAAAUGUCAAUGGAGCUGUGGAAACUUGUCUUGAAGCAUUUCAUCGUUAUUAUAAGUAUCUCAAUUUUACACACCCUAUCAUCAGCUCAAAGUUUGACCCACAGGCAUGUGGAUGGGCAUUUGGUAUGAAUGUUUUUGAUUUGAUUGCAUGGAGAAAGGCAAAUGUAACUGCGCGGUAUCAUUACUGGCAGGAGCAGAAUGCUGAUCGAACACUGUGGAAGCUGGGAACACUUCCUCCUGCUCUUCUAGCAUUUUAUGGACUCACAGAGCCACUUGAUCGAAGAUGGCAUGUGUUAGGAUUGGGACAUGAUGUGGACAUUGACAAUCGUCUGAUUGAGAGUGCUGCAGUUAUUCACUUUAAUGGGAACAUGAAGCCAUGGCUGAGGUUGGCUAUUAGCAGGUACAAGCCUUAUUGGGAAAGGUACAUAAAUCAAAGUCAUCCAUAUUACAAACAUUGUGUCACGAGUUGAAAUCUGCUACUUCUUGAUUAUCGAUGAUUUUAUGCAAUCUUCAAUACUUUUAGACCCUCAAAUGGUGAUUGCAUUACUGUAGAAUCAGAAGUAGAAAAUUUUGACUUCAUUAGGAGUUCUCUCUUUCUUCGUAGUUUCCCAAAAGGGAAAAGAACAGUUCUAUAUACACUAGAGAAUUUAAAAUUUACUAGGUGAAAAGGUCUGGAGAAUUCAUUUUUGGCUGAUGGGGUUCGCUCUCCCAUUCUGCAAGCUGUAGAAUUUUUUGUUCCUUAGCAAUUCUUGUAAUAAUUUUUCAGAUUUUUGGAUUAUAGUGUAAUUGAACAUCAACUGGAUUCUUGAUAUUAAUGUGAGAGUUCUUAAAAUGCAA